AUGACUCCCCCAAACGAAGCAAAAGCCCCCGAAACCGAUAACUAUGAACCGCCGUAUUGCGUUCUUUCCGAAAGAGCCAAGAUCUCCACAAUGCUGGCGGCCUCCUUCGCCGGCAUGAUCUCACCCAUGUCGGCGAGCAUCUACUAUCCGGCCCUACCAACCCUAGCGAACGACAUGCACGUGUCGAAUACCUUGAUCAACUUAACAGUCACGACUUAUAUGAUCUUCCAAGGCAUCGCGCCCUCCUUCACCGGCUCCCUCUCCGACGUCUACGGCCGCCGCCCCGCAUACAUAAUCAGCUUCACGACGUACGUGGGCGCCAACAUCGGGCUGGCCCUCCAGAACAACUACGCCGCGCUGAUGGUCCUCCGAUGUCUCCAGGCAUGCGGCAGUAGCGGGACGAUCGCGAUCGGCAGCGCCAUCGUGGCGGACUUGUCGACGCGCGCCGAGCGAGGGAAGUAUAUCGGGUACGCGACGAUCGGGAUGACGCUGGGACCGGCGCUGGGACCGGUGGUGGGCGGUCUGCUGAGCCAGUUUCUGGGCUGGCGGUGGAUCUUCUGGUUCUUGACUAUUCUGGGGGGUGUGUUGCUGGUUGGGUUUGUGGUGUUUGUGCCGGAGACGUGUCGCGCGGUGGUGGGGAAUGGGUCGGUGGGUGCGCAGCGGUGGAAUCGGACGGUUUGGGGGAUUCUGCGGAGGAAGGGGGAGGGAAAUGAGAGAGGAAUUGAUUAUGAGACCGUGCAGAAAGGUGGGAGGAGACCGAAUCCGUUGACUUCGGUGCGCAUUGCGACGGAGAAGGAAACAGGCCUGAUCCUGCUGUACGGCGCGCUGCUGUACUGCGGGUUCAUGAUCGUGAUCAGUACGUUGUCGGCACAGAUGGAGAGCCGGUUCGGCUUCAAUGCGAUCCAGAUUGGGCUGUGCUAUUUGCCGUUUGGGGUUGGGACGCUGACGUCGCGGUGGACGGUUGGGAGGGCAUUGGAUUGGAAUUUCAAGCGCGAGGCAGACCGGCAGGGUUUGUCGGUGGCGAAGAACAAGCAGCAGGAUAUUCGCGAGUUUGAUAUCGAGGCGGCACGGCUGAAGGUGACCAUUCCGAUCGUGUAUGCUGCGUGUCUGAGCAUCAUCGCGUAUGGCUGGGUCAUGGACUAUCAGACCUCAUUGGCUGGGCCGUUGGUCAUGUUAUUCUUCACGGGCCAUUUGACAACGGGGGCGUUCACGACGCUCAGCACGCUGGUGGUCGAUGUUCAUCGGCAGAGUCCUGCGACUGCUGUUGCGGCGAAUAAUCUGGUGCGAUGUCUGCUGGGAGCAGGCGCUGCGGCUGUCGGGACGCCAUUGAUCGAUCGCAUUGGCAUUGGAUGGACGGCGACAUUUGUAGCUGGUGUUUGGGCGGUAUUCAGCCCGAUAUUGUGGGUGGUCUAUCGAUGGGGACAUGCAUGGAGAGAGGAGAUGAGAGUCAAGGGCGAACGGGAUGAGGGAAGGGGGGAAUGA